UAAAUCUCUCAAGUACUACUUUGUACUCAUGUGCUUGACAAUUUAAUUUCUUCCAUAUUAUCAAUAUAUAUAUAUAUAUAUAGCAGUGAUCAAUGGCGGCACGCCCUCGGCUCUUUCUUGCAUUCGCCUUCGCUCUUUUGGCUACUUCAUCAUUUGCUUCAGCUGCCAUCGUUGAGCAUUCGUUUCAUGUGAAAAAUCUGACAGUGAAUCGGCUAUGCAGAAAUCAAGUUAUCACUGCAGUGAACGGCAGUCUUCCGGGGCCAACGCUUCGAGUAAAAGAGGGUGACACCCUUGUCGUCCACGUUUUUAACAAGUCGCCUUACAACCUGACUAUUCAUUGGCAUGGAAUUUUGCAACUAUUCAGCGGGUGGGCUGAUGGGCCGGAGUAUGUGACCCAGUGCCCGAUCCGGCCCGGACAGAGUUACUCCUACAGAUUUAACGUAACCAGGCAAGAGGGGACUCUUUGGUGGCAUGCACACUCUCAAUGGCUCCGGGCCACGGUUUAUGGAGCCCUAAUUAUCCGCCCCAGAUCCGGUCGCUCAUAUCCGUUUCCAAAGCCACAUAGGGAAGUCCCAAUUCUCCUUGGGGAGUGGUGGAAUGAUAAUGUUGUCGAUGUGGAGAAUCAAGCGACUGCCACCGGAGCUCCACCUAUUGACUCCAAUGCUUUUACUAUUAAUGGCUGGCCCGGAGACCUCUACCCAUGCUCAUCAAGGCACACAUAUAGGUUACAAGUGGUGCACGGAAAGACAUAUCUUCUCCGCAUAAUCAACGCUGCACUCAAUAACCAGCUAUUUUUCAAAAUAGCAAAUCACGAAAUGACAGUGGUAGGAGUCGACGCUUCUUAUACAAACCCAUACAUCACCGACGUCGUUGUAGUUGCUCCGGGCCAGACCGUCGACGCCCUCUUGACAGCCGAUCAAACGCCGGGGCGAUACUACAUGGCAGCAAAUCCCUACGUUAGUUUAGCAGGUGUUGCAGCAGUCAACGGCACAACCACCGGCAUCAUAGUCUACGAAGGAACCACAGCAUCCAGGCCCAUAAUGCCUGUCCUUCCGGCCUUCAAUGACACCCCGACGGCCCACAAAUUUUUCAGCAAUAUAACUGGGCUAGUUAGCAGCCCAUUCUGGACAGGAGUCCCCCGUCAAAUCGACGAACACAUGUUCGUGACUGUGGGUGCCAACCUUGUUGCUUGUGAUGCUCCAGGGAAUGCCUCUUGUCAAGGCCCGUUUGGGCUAAAGCUUGCCGCCAGCAUGAACAACGCAUCUUUCCAACUACCCACCAAGUUGUCGAUGCUUGAGGCGUUUUUCAGGAAUGUUGAUGGGAUAUACACCACUGAUUUUCCCGACACUCCGCCACUGCAAUUCGACUACACGAACGCGAGUAACAGCUUCAAUCAGGCGCUCCUGAUAACAACGAAAUCCACCAAAGUGAAGAAAGUGAAGUUCAAUGCGACGGUCCAAGUUGUGUUGCAGAAUACUGCUUUACUUGGGGUGGAAAGUCACCCUAUUCACCUGCACGGCUUCAAUUUCCAUGUCCUGGCUCAAGGUUUCGGCAACUACAAUCCCGCAAUUGUUGCUGAAAACUUCAACUUGGUGAAUCCACAAGAGCGUAACACCAUUGCUGUUCCCGUGGGAGGAUGGGCCGUUAUUAGAUUCCGCGCAAACAACCCAGGUGUGUGGUUUAUACAUUGCCAUUUGGACGUGCACUUGCCUUGGGGUUUAGCUACAGCUUUCGUUGUGGAAAAUGGGCCGACGCCAGAAACAAGUCUCCCUCCACCUCCUCUAGAUUUUCCCAAAUGCUGAUUAUGUUGCGAAAAAAUGUUAAUUUAUUCCAUUGUUAGAGUUAUCUAUCUACCAAUUGGUGGUUUAUUAGUUGUAGCCUUGAUUUUCUUUUUCUAUUGUUAUUUUUUAAAUGUAUCAUAAUAAAGUCGUCACACUGUAAGCAUUUUCUUUUGGUCUUAUUUGUUUAAAUUUGAUUUGUGAGGCAGUCAAUCCUUCAUAAUUUUUUUAUUUAUAUACAUUAAUUGAAUACUU